GCUUCAUUGAGUGUCAGCUUCAGAGUUCCCAAGUGCGUAAGUUGCUAGUGCGGCAGAAGUGACGCCCCCAAACGGAGAAGGAAAAGCACAGCACCCACGCAGAGAGAGAAAAUGUUCCGCCGCUCCUCGUACGUGUUGCGACGCUCUGUCAGCGUCUUUUUAGAGGAGCCAGGCAAGGCGAAGAGCUUCAACGAGACACUUGCGGCCUGCAAAGCCGAAAACAGCGACAUGGCCAGCAUGCUUAGCUCCGACUUUUUGUUGAUUCAGUCAAAGCUGCUGAAGUACCGCGUAGCCCGCCUCGGGGUGGAGACGCGGUACAUUCUGAAGCACCCGUUUGGUAGCUUUCCCCCGCCGCAGAUGCUACUCCUGCACCUUAUCGCCUUACCUCUCCUCUUCUUCGUCGCCAUGUGCAUCGGUCGCCGAUCGUGCCGACGCCUCGUGCCGGCACCUGUCGUGAUGACGGAGGCAGAUGUGCGAGCGGAGGAGGCGGCGGCCGUUGCUGCCGCAGCUGCUGCCGAGACGGGGGAGAACGCCACGAAGGACGGCGAAAAGGCGGAUGAGCACUAA